AUGGAUUUUCUGAAGACUUGUUGGAAUACUUUGUUGACUAAAGAAGAAUUCAUUAUAAAAUAUCAAGAAUUCAAUGAGGAGAAGCGACUUGCAAUAUUCAAAGCAUUAUCCAAGCUUUCUUCCUCUUUAGAAAGUUUCGUUAUGUAUUAUUUUUAUGCAAUAUUCGAAAAAUAUCCAUAUUGGUCAUUUACUAAUAUAGAUUUAACAAAUAAUGAUGAAAUUAAUGGAUGCGUGAAACUUUUAGCUGAAUAUGGAGAUCAAUUAUUCAAUACAAUUACAUUAGGAACAUACGAAUCUGCUCACUGUUCACUAGUAGCUCUAAAAAUUCUGCUCUUAUGCAAAAUUCCGGAGCUAAGAAAAAAUACUUUAAUACAAGUCAAUCGUUCUCAAAUCUUUCGUAUUCUUAUAGCAUCUUCACGUGUUUUCGAUACCAAAGAAUUUAUAAAUGUCCAACAAAUUUAUCUUUCUUCAGAUCAAUUUAAAGAUUUACGAAAUUUAAUCGAAAUGCCAGAGAUCACACUCAACAAAUUAGAGCCCCAAAAAAAGUUUAUUAAAAUACAAGUCUUAGUUAACACCGCAGUUUUCUGUAUUUAUCCAUGGCUACUCAAAAACGACUUAUUUCAAUCAUAUCUACCACAAUUAAAUUACACUUAUUACGUAUCACUUCUUACGCGUUUUAUUUACAGCUUUGAUCUAAGUUCUGCUUUCAUGUUGACAAAUUUUUUUCUAAAUUUCGACAAAAGAGGUAUAUUCGAUUAUACAUUAACUCCUUUUAACAGUAAUUUACUUAGAGAUUACCUAACGGAGUUAUAUCAAAAAUCUACAAAACUUCCACCAGUGUCAUUUGAAGAACUUUACAAAUUCCUUUCUGAAUGUCCCGAAAAUAUUCCUGUUGAUAAACUUUAUGAAGAAACUAAGCAUUAUCCAGCUUUGUCGACUUCAGUUGGAUACAGAUUUCUUGAAGUCAUUGGAUCUAAUGAUAUACAAGCUUCUAUUACCAUUAUGCAGCAAAUCUACCAAAAUCCAAGUGAAUUUCUUUAUUAUUUUGCUUCUAUUGGCAAACUUGAUGUAUUAAUUAAUACUUGUUUAGAUAUAGCAGAAAGAACUACUGAUGAAUUAUAUUUCUAUCAUUCUUUGACGCUUGUUAUUACUCUAAUUAGACUUGAAAUAUCAGAUGGAGCUCCUUAUUUUUUAGGUGAAAUUCAGAAAUUAUUUAAAACAAGAAAUACACCUUCUAUUUUACUUUUGAAAGCAAUGGCUGAUAUUAAUUGGUCUGAAAAUGAAAUUAAUAUAAAACCAACGCUUGAAGAGUGUAUUAAUGAAUAUAUACCAAUUAAUAAAUGUAUAAAAUACCUUUGUUACUUAUUCACUGAAACAAACAAUUCAUAUUUAAUUCAUGCUUUGGCAUUAGUUGAAGAAAACCAAAAUUUAUAUUUUCCUGCAUUAAUUUGGGGAACGAGAACUAAAUCGCAAUUGAUGCGACAGAUACCAACAAAAAAGAUUCCAAAUACUCAUAUCCAUAAAUUCAUGCUUGCACAGAUGUUAUUAUUCACAGCACUUCCAACACCUGUCACAGGCUGGAGUAUUGAUGCUCCUGAUUUUUUUACGAUGAUAUUAUUACCAGAAGCACAUCAAACAAUUAAUUUGUUUUUAAUUGUUCGAAGUUUGGAAAGAGUCACAAGUAUGGGAUUAACGGACAACAAUGAUUUAUAUAAAACAUUCAGAGCAUGGCGUGCAUUGAUCUACCUUCAUGGUGGAAAAAAGUUUGCUCGAUCAAUUAUAUCAGGAUUAGUUUGGUGUUCUAAAGUCAGCAUGGAAAAUGCAUUUGAUCCAAGUUUAUUCGUCAGCUGUGCUUAUUAUUUCAUGAUUUUAUCUGAUGAACAAGAUGAUUUUCUUAUUGAAGUUUGUGAUGCUAUUUUAGAAUUCAUAGAAACAGUUGAAGAGAUGAACAACAGCGAAGCAUUUGCCAAAUUAAGUGUUUUAUGCAUUCUCGCUCUUAGUAAGGAAAAAAUGGAAUUUUAUUUCAAAAAAUUCUUUGAAAAAUCGAUUUGUAUUUUAGAAAAUGCAGAAUUCCAACUCACAGAAAUAACAAACUUUGCUGUUAUGUUCAUUGUUGAUUGUUUUUAUUCAAAAUCCCUCAUUAAUCUACUUCCAGAUAACACAUACGAAUAUCUUCAAAAAAUGAAUAACUGGAAUUCAAUCAUUUCUUUCUUUAUUGCAAAAUACGAUGCACAAUUUCAAUCUAAUACUUAUUAA